AGUUCAGCACCUCUCCACCACUGGCAAGAGAAUCAUCGCACGGCAAGCCCGGGGGAAGCACAAAAGCAUCACCCAAAAGGUGUAGAGGUCAACAGGGAGCCAGUGCAGCACAGAGGUCAACAGGCAAGGGGGGGCGCGAGGAAGAAAGGUCGAGUACCCCGUUUGGUGUGACUAUACCCUGACACCUCACCAUGGGAGAGUGGACCAUUUUGGAGCGGCUGCUGGAGGCGGCUGUCCAGCAGCACUCUACUAUGAUUGGCCGGUGGCCAGCAAAAGGAGACCAAAGGGAUGUCCGUGUUGCUCUGUUUCUACUGGAUGUGAUCCUGCUGACAGUGGUGGUGAUCUUCCGUAUCCUGAUAGUGGGCAUAGUGGGUGAGAAGGUGUACGAGGAUGAGCAGAUCAUGUUCAUCUGCAACACCAUGCAGCCCGGCUGCAACCAGGCUUGUUACGACAAAGCCUUCCCCAUCUCGCACAUCCGCUACUGGGUCUUCCAGAUCAUCCUGGUGUGCACCCCCAGCCUGUGCUUCAUCACCUACUCCGUCCACCAGUCGGCUAAAGCCCGGGACCGCAGCUACUCCCUCCUGCACCCUUACAUGGAUCACCACGGCCACGGCCACCACGGCCGCCAUCACGACCAUCACGCCCGCAAGCUCCACGCCCGCAACAUCAACGGAAUCCUGGUGCACCCCGACAGCAGCAAGGAGGACCACGACUGCCUGGAGGUCAAGGAGAUUCCCAACGGACCUCGAGGGGUCCCUCAAACGCACAAGAGCGCCAAAGUGCGACGACAGGAGGGAAUCUCCCGUUUCUACGUCAUACAGGUGGUGUUCCGAAACGCGCUGGAGAUCGGGUUCUUGGCGGGGCAGUACUUCCUGUACGGCUUCAACGUGCCGGGAAUGUUCGAGUGCGACCGCUACCCGUGCGUGAAGGAAGUGGAGUGUUACGUGUCUCGCCCCACCGAAAAGACCGUCUUUCUGGUCUUCAUGUUCGCCGUCAGCGGCAUUUGCGUGGUGCUCAACCUGGCCGAGCUCAACCACCUGGGCUGGCGGAAGAUAAAGACCGCCAUCCGGGGGGUGCAGGCCCGCAGGAAGUCCAUCUGCGAGGUGCGCAAGAAGGACGGGUCUCAUCUGUCACAGGCCCCCAAUCUGGGCAGGACCCAGUCAAGUGAGUCGGCUUACGUUUGACAGAGGCUUCACCGCCUGGGGGUUCGAGGUACAUUUUGGACGUUUCGGCAACGGACCCCUGAGCAUCAGCGCACAAAAAGUCACCGCCGCGUUAAAACGACUAAGAAGCGCGGACUGACUGUCAGCUUUAAGUCAAGACACCUUUCAGAUUCCUGAACCUGACCUUUGGUGCUGCUCCGAAAGGAUGGAGUGUUGUACUCUGCCUAGGUGACACUAGGUGCCUUUAAAGAACCCAACAGACAUAAAUGAGCAAUUUAAUAACCACUAAAAUACUGUAAAAAGUAUAGGUUGAAACGGCGUUAAACGACGCCCCUCAUUAUUUGCCUUUGUUGUAGCUCAUGAGUAACGCGCUCGUUUUCCUAAAAUAUGUGCACAUAUGCAAAAGCCAGGCGCAUGAGCGUGGGGGAACAAAAGCCAAUCGUUGACAUGAGUCGGGAACAGUAGAAAAAGAUCAUCUGAGAUGCUGAGGGAGGGACUCAAACAUCUUGUUUGUAUUGUCAAAAAGUACACAAUUAGGCAUUAAAUAUAACAGCGCUAACUCAGAACGGCCUCGUUGCUUUGGUCAGCAAUUUGGCAAAGCGUCAGUGGAACACACACUCACUUACCUCCCAACACUGUGUUACACACCUCAGUGCUAAGGAUGCCUGCAAGGCCGUACCUUUACGCUGAGAAAAAAGAAAGAAAAAAAAGAAGUCAAGAAAAACACUUUGUGUGUACGAUCACCAUCGUAGGGCACAACACACACACACACACACACACACACAUCUUUUCAAUUAAACGGUAAUAUAUAUACAUAUAUAUUGUUGUCACACAGCUUUUUCACAAGCAUAUUUGGUGCCACAUUUCAAAGGUACUGUACAUAGAUGAAUUCCCCUGAGAGUUGAUGAAGAAGACUCCUAGAUGACCAGCUUUAAUAACGUGUAUUAUCAAUGUGCUCUUUGUUAAGCCUCCACCUGUCUUAUACAAAACAUAUGUUCUGACCCCCCCCCCCCUCCUCCCCCCCGCCCCACCCCUAUGGACUGAAAAAGGCACGUUAAAGAAGCAUUAACUAGAAUGGAUAGAUUAAGACAUAUAACUUAAGAAGAGUUUUAUUUAUUUGCAUCCUGCUCCUGUGAAUUGUACUCAGCAUGCAUUACGAUAAAAAAAAAAACUACUACAUAGCCUCCUAUGGUGGGAACACUGACAGCGAAUAUUGGAAAGGCUCCCGAACUGCAGCAAUAAUAAUAAUAUAUGAUAUGUGAGAAGAAAAUAAGUGAAUAAAUGAUUAUGCAAACAGUUUCAUUGGCCUUUUGUUCCUUCCGUCCGUCAUUCUUAAGGCUGUGCAGGGUGUUAAAAAAAACCAAAAGGAAAAUACAAGAUGGAUAUA